UACCAAUUAAACCCAACCCAACCCCACCUCACAUAUCCCUCUCUCUCUCUCUCUCUCUCUCUGAUCUGAUAUCUGUUUGUGAGGGGAUUAGGAUCCGAUUGAUUAGCAUGGAGAGCACUGAUAACAGUACAACUGUGACUAAUACUAGCACUCCUACUUCAUCAUCGCCGGGCUCUCUGUCUCCCUCUUCUCGCUCGUCAUCUCCUCCUCCACCUCCUCCUCAGCCUGCGCCUCCGGUGAUCAUCAGUCCCUGCGCGGCCUGCAAGAUCCUGAGGAGAAGGUGUGCUGAGAAAUGCGUCCUGGCACCUUAUUUCCCACCCACCGAGCCUGCCAAGUUCACCAUUGCUCAUCGAGUCUUUGGUGCUAGCAAUAUCAUCAAGUUCCUACAGGAUCUUCCGGAAUCACAGAGGGCAGAUGCUGUCGCAAGCAUGGUGUACGAGGCCAGUGCAAGGAUCAGGGACCCCGUCUACGGCUGUGCAGGGGCGAUCUGCCAGCUGCAGAAGCAAGUGAGUGAGCUCCAGGCUCAGCUGGCCAAGGCCCAGGCCGAGAUCGUCAACAUGCAGUGCCAGCAGGCGAACCUCGUGGCCAUGCUGUGCAUGGAGAUGGCAGCGCAGACCUCCCACCCCCCGAUGCUGCAGCACCUGAGCGACACUUCCCUCAACAGUCCUCGCAGCCACCAGAACAGCCCCAGCUUCCUCGAUGACGCGACCAACCCGAGCUUAUUCUGGGAGCAGAUGCUCUGGACGUAAUGAGAUGGACAGGCACAAUCAGUCGCCACUCCUACAUAGGACCGACCGACCGACCGACCGACUGGGACUAGUUAGAAAUCUAGGAACGUUCCGAUGAAAUUCUCCUAAUCCCUUUGGCGAAUUAGCUAGAAGAAUUAAGUUAGCGCCAUGGGUUAGGAGGAGCUAAAGGACAUUACGUAAUAAAAAAUUGACUCUUAGACUAGUUACCAAAGUAUAGAUUGUAGUAUAGGAGGGAAAUGUUAGUUAAUGGUCAAGUCUUUCUCUUUCUUAAAAGUCAUGACAAAAGUAGAAAGAAAUGAGUCCAUUUCCAUUUUCCUCAAAAAAAAAAUGUAAUCUUUUGUUUUUUUAAUGAGAUCGCAAAUAUCCUUAAUUUAUUAA